UGGAGGACUUGGCCUCCCUCAGCUCUUCUUCCUGGACAAGUGAGAGUGGCUAGGCCAAAUCCCCACCCCUGCGCCCCAGCUCCGGCUCCCUCUCCUCAGGGCUUCCCUGCUCCCACCCCAGCUCAAGAAGAGGGCCCAUGGCCUGGGACGCCACAUGCCUGCUGCCGCCUGUCCUGCUGGUGCUCCUGGCCUCAGGCUCGUGGGGACAGAAGCCAGAGUUGCUGCAUCACCUGGAAGGGGAGUCCUUCUCUGUGAAGUGCCCGUACCAGCCCCAGAAAGGCUCAGGAGCCGUGAAAUUCUGGUGCAGGUGGGACUUACCACGUACCUGUACCCCGUUAGCCACCUUGCCCCAGCACCAGGGGAAGCCUCGAAACUCCAUUGAGGAUAACGUCAGAUGGGGCUACUUCAUUGUCACCAUGACCGAGCUCAGGGUUGAAGACUCUGGAUCUUAUUCAUGUGGAAUCUACAAAUCCUCCAGGAUAUUUUUUCACAGAAACAUCCAUCUGGUGGUAUCUCGGGUUUCAACCCUGCGUACUGCCAGGAGCACCAGUGGGACCACAGCCUGGACCUCUGCCACAAGCCCUGUCACUGACAGCCCUCAGGGCAACUGGCAGCUCAUCGUUCCCAGCUCUAUGUUGGGUGUCCUGCUGGUGCUAGUGCUCAUCCUCCUCGUGAUCCUGUCCUUCAGGAAAGCCCGCAGAAGCGCAACAAAAGUGACUGGGAUUGAUUCAGCUUUACCAGUUUUAUGCAAAUUUGCCGUAUGCCGCCAGUCUGAUUUGCCCCUUGGCACCAAGGUGAGGACAAAUCCCACCACAUCUAUAACAACAUCUCAGUCCAGAAGGAACAGAGCACUGGGCAUAGGAAGGACCUCUCACCAAGGCAGAGGCGAUCUCAACUUUCCUGGGGCUCCGAUCAACAGAAGGGCUCUGAUGAAGACACUGGGGCCAUCUGCUAUGCCUCACUUAUCCACCUGAAUCAAUUCGGCCCCGAGGACUCCAUCUACGUCAACACUCAGCCCAAACUGAAACCCAUGCCUGAUCCCUUUCUGACUGUAGAAUAUGCCUGCAUCCCUGGAACCAGACGCCAGCCCACCAAGUCAACUGCCCUGGAUAGGGAGCUCAAGAGCUAAGGAUAGACUUCAC